UUGAUACAUAAAAGUGAACGUCAAAUCAAAGCUGCAUUAAAAAGUAUUUUAUUGUUAAAAGUAUUUCUUGAAUGUUAUUUUUCUAUUUGAUUGGAGCUUGAAUAACUAUAAGUGAUUUAAUACAAUGUCGUGUCGCAAUGCAUCUCAUGCUGGUAGCUGGUACACCGAGAAUGGUACGGAGCUAUCUAGGCAAUUGGACCUCUGGUUGUCCAAAGCUGAUCUUACACAUGGACCAGCAAGAGCUAUUAUAGCACCCCACGCGGGUUACUCUUACUGCGGCGCGUGCGCAGCGUACGCGUAUAGACAAGUCAGUCCGGUUGUAGUUAAACGUAUCUUCAUUUUGGGCCCCUCGCAUCACGUGAGGUUGGGCGGCUGCGCUCUAUCCUCUCUGGAUAAAUAUCAGACGCCCCUCUACGAUCUUACAAUAGACAAACAGAUAUAUUCGGAACUGGAAGCAACUCGUCAGUUUGAAUGGAUGGAUGUACAGACGGAUGAAGAUGAACAUUCUAUAGAAAUGCAUCUACCCUACAUCGCUAAGGUUAUGGAAGAGUAUAAAACCGGUUUCACUAUUAUACCAAUUUUAGUUGGAUCUUUAACUCCAGAGAAAGAAGCCAAAUACGGGUCAAUCCUGGCCCCAUAUUUAGCGGAUCCUCAGAACUUGUUUGUGAUAUCAUCUGACUUCUGUCAUUGGGGCUCACGUUUCCGAUACACCUGGAAAGAUACAUCCAGGGGACAUAUCUACGAGAGUAUCGAAUGGCUUGAUAAACAGGGUAUGAACAUAAUAGAGAAGAUGGAUCCCCGCGCCUUCACAGAUUAUCUCAACAAGUAUGGGAACACGAUUUGUGGUAGACAUCCCAUUGGAGUGUUACUUCAAGCCAUAUCAAAAUUACAAAGUCAAUCGAAUUCAUCAAAAAUGUCGUUAAAAUUUCUAAAAUACGCUCAAUCUUCUCAAUGUAUGAGCCAUCAAGACUCCUCCGUGUCAUACGCGAGCGCAUCACUUGUGUUUGAAUAAAUAUAAACAUUAAAAAAAUAUAUAUUAUACAUGUAACAUCCUGUAUACGGUAAGUUAUUUUGACAGAAAAUAUUAAAAAAAAACCUACAUAACCUUAAAAAUAACAUGAAACGAACAUCUAUUCUAUGAGAUAUUAAACCUAAAAAUUUAAAUAAAUAACCAAAUAUCAAUAAAAAGGCUGUUCUUAACUAAAGUUACAAGAAACUGACAAUUUUAAACGCCUCUAUAUUUAACUUUUUAUAAAGUAAACUUAAGCAGCCAUAUUUGGAAAGUAAUUUUUUGACAUUUGACCUUGUUAUGGGGGCGCUAGUGAGAUAUCAUUUAGCUUGACUUAUGGUCACUGGGAAUUCUAAAAUACGCAACUAAUAUUCUUGUUUUUUGUGAAUUUAAUAAAAUGGGUUCAAAAGACAAAGACUUCGUUAUCUUUUGUAUUAAUUUUGAAGUGUAGUAA